CGACGCUCUCUUCUCCAUUCGGCAGCCGAGGGGUACGGACGCUUGCUCAAGUGUUGCUGGAUCGAGCUCACACAGUGCGUUCGACACUGGUAACGUUGCUCGCGACAACGUGAUUCAACAUCUUGUGCUGAAUCGUUGAAUAGUAGCGCAAUGGCCGAUCAAGAGAAUAAGGAUUUCAGCGAGGAUAUCGCCGAUCAAAGUUUCGAGCAGAAUGGUGAGGCAGAAAACGGCGGCAACGAUAAUGGCAACGGCAACGGUAACGGCAGCGUCGGUGCCGGCAUGGGCGACGGCGACGCAGCGGAGAACGGUCAAGAGUCGCAAGAAGACAGGUCGGCGAGCGGUAACCAGGACUCUCUGAACGAUAGGAAAUUAUUUGUUGGCGGUCUAAGUUGGGAGACAACUGACAAGGAACUGAGGGAACAUUUCAGCUCUUAUGGCGAUAUCGAAAGUAUUAAUGUCAAGACAGAUCCCAACACGGGACGAUCGAGAGGAUUCGCUUUUAUCGUCUUUGCUAAGGCAGAGUCGCUCGACAAGAUUAUGGCAGCUGGUGAUCACGUGAUCAAUAAUAAGAAAGUUGAUCCUAAAAAGGCAAAAGCUCGACAUGGAAAAAUAUUUGUUGGCGGUCUUUCGACAGAACUCUCCGACGACGAUAUAAAGAAUUUUUUCUCACAAUUUGGGACUAUCGUUGAGGUGGAAAUGCCGUUCGACAAAACCAAGAAUCAGAGGAAAGGCUUCUGUUUUAUCACUUUCGAAUCAGAACAAGUGGUCAAUGAAUUGCUGAAAACCUCGAAACAGACGAUAAACGGUAAAGAGGUCGACGUGAAGAAGGCAACGCCCAAACCGGACGGUAUGGGUGGCAUGCGUGGUGGACCGGGCGGUCGGGGUGGUCGUGGCGGCAGAGGAGGCAGAGGUCGCGGAUUCGGUGGUCAAGGCGGAUGGGGACAGGGCGGCUACGGCGGCGGAUACGGCGGCGGAUACGGUCAAGGUGGAUACGGCGGUGGUUAUGAUGGAUACGGUGGAUACGACUAUUAUGGUGGUGGUGGGUACGGAGGCUACGGCGGCUACGAUUAUAGCGGAUAUGAUGGAUAUGGCUAUGGCAGUAGUUACGACGGUGGCUACAGUGGUGGGCGCGGCGGCGCACGUGGUAAAGGAGGUUCGGGUUACGGUGGUAAGCAGAGGGGAAGUGGUCGUCAGAAUCAGAGGCAUCAACCCUAUUAAUAGAAAUUCUCACUUGCGAUCGUAACGCGCAAUUCGCGUUGCAACUACCGGUUUUGCGUUGUAUAAGAAAUUUCAUGUCGUUGCAUCAUCAUUCCACUAGAUCACGUGUCUCUCGACAAAAAUUGAAACAACGCAGACAACUGCCGUAAAACAAAGUCAAUCUCCAAGAUUCACUGCAAAAGAAACAACAAUAGAUUGUCGUUUCGUGUUUAGUUGUGUGUUUUGUGUGUAUCAUGUAUACAUACACAGACACACAGACACACACACACACACAGACACACACACACACACACACACACCUCCCCUAUCCACCCUCUUUCCCCAUCCCUCUCUCCUUCAUAAGUUUGCUCUUCAGCUCUUGCGAAUCGUUGAUUCAUGUGCAGACGCGUACCGCGUAUCAUGAAUACAUAUAUUAAUAGAUUAUUUUAAUUCCGUCUAUAUAAUAUAAAAUUACAUAUAACGACAGAGAAAAGUCCAUCCUGAACGAGUAAGCGGAGUCGAGAGUGCUUUUCACAUGUUACGCAAAACUCUUGUCUCUUCCCACUAUUUUCGCACGACAUGUGAAAGUAUCUCGUCUGUUGAUUCGUUCAAGGUAGGUUUCCUUAUCGCGCGUGUGUGCGUAUGUAUGAUGUAUGAUGUGCGUGCGUGCAUGUAUGUAUGUAUGUAUGUAUGCAUGUAUGUAUGUAUGUGUGCGCGUGUCUCUAUUGAGACAGUACCACUUUCGAAUGGUGUAAAAAUAACUUAGGUUCGUAACGUGUGUGCUGCGACGAAUUUUCGCUCGAUGUAAGAACAGCGCAUGUACAUUAUAUUUAUAUACUGACAGUUUCAUUCUAAGUAAUGAGGAUUAAGAUUGUCUCAAUAUGUCGUAAUAAGACUUUUAAAGUACAAUCUGGUAUUGUAUUUUCCUCUGAGUACAUACUGUUCUGACGCUGUAUCACAGAAAGUAUUAAAUUCAACACAAAUAUUAAAAGUUUUAUGUUAAUAGAACUUUAUUUAAAAUAAAACAAGAUUAUAUGUA